CGUCCACUCCGUUGCCCAGCGAGACCGCGUGGGGUACAUUCUCACUACAACUGCAGUACCUCGACUCCACGUGUAAACAGCGCCACGACCAAAAAUUUUUGCCAGAAGAUUUUUUUUUUUAGUUUCCCCUCCCUUUCCACCUUUUCCUUUCAUCUCUCUUUUCUCCCAACCUUUUUUCCUCCCUUCUUCUUCUUCCUUAACCCUCACACACUCUACUCUUGCUAGCUGUCAAUCAGGAAGCUUCCUUGAUUGAUUACCACUUGAGAGCUUGCGAACCCGCCCCCCCUUUGCUCAUCUCUACGUUUUAAGUUUCCGUACCCCGCCAACACAAUGUCCGGUGACGACAAGUCUCUUCUUGAGCGCAUUGAGCUCCCCUCCAUUCCUCAGGAGGCUCGGAGCAAGUUCAGUCAUGCUCAGGAGGCGCUUGAGCGUGCUGAGCUUGAGCAGAUGCGCCAGUCCGUCGCUCUCUUUGCCCCCGCCUUUAAGAAGCGCGAGGAGGUCAUUUCUCUGCCCAGCGUCAAGCCCGACUUCUGGGCCCGCGUCUUUGACAGCGCUCCCGCCGAGAUCGAAGAGUAUAUCCUGCAGGACGAUGCCGCAAUCAUUGGUGAGGCCCUCAAGGGAUUGAACGUCGAGCGCUUCGAGGUCGAUGCUCAGGGCAAGGGCGAGCCCCGCAGCUUGCGCUUCACCUUCGAGUUCGACCCCGAGGAAAACUCCUACUUUGACAACGCCAAGCUCGUAAAGGAGUUCUACUGGCGCAAGCAAGUCAUGAAGACCUCCAGCGGCAAGCGCCGUGUCUGGGAGGGCCUUGUUUCCGACCCCGUCCGCAUCAACUGGAAGGAGGCUGAGCUUGACCCCACCAAGGGUCUGCUCGACGCUGCCUGUGACCUCUUCGACGCCGAGAAGAAGGGUGGCGAGCGGAAGUCGCUGCCCGAGUAUAAGGCUCUCGUCAAGAAGCUCGAGCAACGCGAUAUCGAGAAUAUGAAGGACGAUGUCGAUAUGGAGGCUGAGCUGUCCGAUGAUGAGGAUGAGAGCCCCACUGGUACCAGCUUCUUCUCCUUCUUCGGUUACCGCGGCCGUGCCAUCUCUGCCGAGCAGAACCAGGAGGCUGUGAAGGAAGAUGAGGAGCGCUGGGCCAAGAUCUCCAACGGUGAAGAGGUUCCCGAUGACGAUGAGGACGAGGAGGAUGACGAGGAUGAUGAUUUCGAGCUUCUCGUCGAUGACCUCGAGGAUGCUGAGAUCUGCACCGAGGGUGAGGAGCUCGCCAUUCUCCUCGCCGGGGAUCUCUGGGCCAACGCCUUGAAGUAUUACGCUCAAUCGUUCGAGGUUCCCUUUGACUUCGAGGGCAUGGCCAUGGAGGAGCUCAUGGAGCAGGAUGAUGAAGAUGAAGAUGAGGGCGAUGACCAGCCCCCCGCCAAGAAGGCUCGCAACUAAAAUCAAUUUCGAUUUGAAUUGCCUGCCCGGAGAACGUCAAACCCCAUGCUCCAUGUGAUGAUGGUGGUUUGUCCGAUUUGUCACGCCCCAUAUGAUGUACUAUCACAGGACGAUAACGAGAAUUAAUAAUAGCACGAGGGCGAAAAUCAACGCCGCGAUGCAAAAGGAUGACCAUGUAUCUAAGGAAGAGAGGGAAAAAGUUAGCUUGUUUGAAUUUCAUGAUUCCCAUUUGUUGUCACAACCCUGCACAGUUGCAUUCCAUAUAGCUUGAUGUCAAACCGCCUGCUAGGCGAACCAGCUUCGAAGGUUAGAGGAUACUGCUUACCUUCAUUCUUGCGCACGAUAUGUCGUAUCCGCGCCAUCCCAUUAUUCAAUUUCCCACCAACCCGAUCCGCAAGCGUAUCAACCUCAUCAAUCAUGAUAGCUUGAUCCUCCAACUCCCGCCCCAUAUCAUUCGCCUGCUGUCUCAAAUUCCCCACCGUCUGAAACACCCCAUCCAACUGCUCAUCCUGCUCAUGCAUCAACUCCGUCUGCCUCUGCUGCUCCAGCGACGCAUAGUAAUCAUCCCCGCGCCCACCACCCUCCUCCUCAUCCAGCGCGGCAUCAAAUUCCGUCGGAUUCGGUAGUUCGGGGACCGGCGCUACGGAAACUGCCUGCGCCAGCUCGGUGCGCAUUUGCUCGAUUUCUCCGCCCACAUCGUCGACUAGUUUGCGCCGGCGCUGGACUUCGUCGAGUUCGAGGCCGAAGCGGUAGGGGUCUUGUUCGAUUGCGCGGACGGAUUCGACGAGAUCGUCGAGGUCAGCGGUGAGUUCUGUGAGCGUUGUUUCGAGUUCGGUGCGGGAUUGGUUGAGUUCCGGGUUGUUGGGGGAUUUGGCGAGUGAGCGGAUGCGGAGGUAUGAGGAGAAGAGUGGUCGGCUGGUUUGGAGGGUUGCGAGGACGUCCCUGAGAGUUGAGGA